AUGUUGCAGCUAAGGUUUAUGCCUGGAUGGGUCCCCAGAAAUGGUUUUUUUGGUUUGAAGGAGACAAUUGGUACAGUACAUAAGAGAUUUUAUGCUCUGGCUUCUGAACAACCCUCAAGAAAGACAGUAAAGCCGCUGGACUCGAGGAAGACGUUUCUCAUCGAUACAUACAAGCAUUUAAUGGAGAACAGUUCUAUGAUUUUUUUUGUCCAUUACAAUAAUCUUUCCAAAACAGAAGAUCACCAUUUCAGAUUCAAGAUUAAACAGACAGGAGGGAAACUCACAAAAGUAAGAAACAACCUGUUCGAAGUCUACUUGAGAAAUUCGCAUCUGCCCGACCCAUGUGGAUUCGUGAAGCGUAAAGAGCAAAACUGGAAACAUCCACUCUUGCCACUACUGAAGGGUCCUACGGCCACAAUUACAUACGAAGACACCAACCCUCAACAAGUAGCCAAGCUAUUGAAGGUUCUGCAGUCAGCACAAGACAAGCUGAUGGUGAUUGGUGCAAAAGUAGAAAACGAAGUUUUGAAUGUGGAAAAAAUAAACACUUUUAAGACUCUCCCCACAAAGCCGGAAAUGCAGUCGCAGUUAGUCAGCGUUUUGCAAAUGCUAAGUGGGUUGGGUUUGGUUCGUACGUUGGAAAACAGUUCAAAUGCAUUGUAUUUAACACUAAAAUCUCACAAUGACAACCAAAAACCUAAAGAGGAUGUGGAGUCAACUACAGAUGCAGAAUCGAAGGGAUCAAAGUAA